UCUGUUCAGCUCCCCUCCUCCUCCUCCUCUUCCUCCUCCUCCUGUCCAUAGAAACUGUGCAGCUUCAGCCAGCAGCGCGUCAGACGCGCUCACACCAGUUACCAGUCGGUCCCACACUUCACAGUAACUCUGCGGCUCCAACUUUGGUUUCACAAACUUCACCUGGUUUCGAUACCAUGCUGGAUUAAGCCCAUUAAUGGUUGUUAUUCGACCAAAAACGGAUUUGUUUGACUACAAUGAGCGCACUCUGCAGCAGAUCCACUGAUUAGAGGGGAGGGAUCAGUUUCAACAGGGCUGCAGUGUUUGCACUGUGUGACCUGAAAAGGCUUGGACAGAGGUAGCGAAGAGGUCACAGACAAAUCAUUUAGCGCCAUGGAUAUCGGCAACGAUGUGGAUCUGUCCAAUAAAAACAUCACCCCGUUGUGGAAACGCCGCACGGACGGUUGUAAAAAAGCCCAGGACUCGAGCAAACCCAAACCGCGACCCUUCAGUUACCACACCAACGGGGUCAUGACGACGGACUUCCCCGUCGCGGAAGACAAAAGGUGCUCCUUCACCUUGAGCCAGCCCGCUGAGAGGCUGGUGGUUGCGCCCCCGAGUUGGGGCAAGAACACCGUGGUGUUGAAGCACAUUCUGCACAAACCCUCCAAGAAGUCCCGAGUUGUCCGGAGUAUCAGCAUCGGACACCUCUCCAACGGACUCUUCUCGCUGUCCAAAUUUAGGUCUGAGGACAACAGAUCCGCCUCGCUGGACAAUAGAGUGCGUAAUGGAGACAAUGGGAAAAACGGUAAUGGUAUGGCGGUAUGGCAGGAAAGGCGUCUCCAGGACCCUCAGAAACGCAUGUCCAGCCCGUUCGGCUCGCGGAAAGAGCAGAUAGCAUUUGGGAGGAGUUCACCCUCAACUGAAGCUCUUAACUCUUCUCCUGUCCUGUCUCCACACACCCCCAACAACAACAACAACAAUCACCAUGAACUGUCCUCCCAUUCGUCCGCAUCCAGCCCCUCUCCUCCAGCCCGGCGUACCCCCACUCCCUCCCACAGCUCCACCUCCAGCAUCCCCUCCCUCUCUUCCCUCACCUCCUCAGACCCCCCAACCCCACGUUCCAUGUCACCAGCAGACAGAGGACAAGCGCCCCUUAGACCAUCUUCAUUCUCGCCCGCCUCCUCACAGGACGCCAGGCAUGCCUCUUCCUGUUCUUCCAUGUCCUCCACCUCCCCCUCUCCCUCGCUUUCCCCAUCCAUCUCUCCCUCCAUCCUACUCAGCACCCACAGCCCCGCUGCCCUGAAGAUGGGCACCCAGCAGCUCAUCCCCAAGGGCUUAGCGUCCGACAUCCGACAGAGCAAAGCGGCGCCUCCUUCUGAGCCGCAAGGACAAGGUUUGGCAGGGCUGCUGGGGUUGGAUCAUUCCAAGCGAGCGUUGAAAACCCUCAGCAUGGUAGAAACGGGGGCCUUCUUUUCUACAGGAGGGAGCCGCGGUGAGGCGACGGAUGGGGAAAGUGAGAGCCCUGGGACACUAACGAGAGGCUUGAGGAGUACGUCCUACAGGAGGGCAGUUGUUAGUGGAGUAGACUUGGAGGUCCCAUCGGUAGAUCCCAAGGCCCAUCGUUUGUCCCAGCCGGUCAUCAGAUGGCUAGAUGAGGAAAAACUAGCUUCACCAGUCGGCCCUGCAAGUCCUGGUACUGUAAGUCUUACCAGCCCUGGAACUGUCAAGCCUGCCAGCCCUGGGACACCCAAACUCGCCAGCCCUGGGACACCAAAACUUGCCAGCCCUGGGACACCCAAACUCGCCAGCCCUGGGACACCAAAACUUACCAGCCCUGGGACACCAAAACAUGCCAGCCCUGUGUUCGCCAAACUCACCAGCCCUGUGUUACCCAAACUUGCCAGCCCCAGGAUUUCAAAGCCUGCUAGCCCUGGGAAAGAAAAGCCUACCAGCACUGGGAAGAACAAGAUUCCAGAUAAGAGGAAAGUUUUGACCAGUCAGCGGACAUUUGACAGCGAGGAGGAGGAGCUGUACCAGAACUACCAGGAGAAGGCGUUGCAUAAUGACUCGGAUGAGGAUGCCGAUUCCAAAGAACCCAAACCCGAUAGCGGCAUCGUGGUGCAGUAUAGACCCAUACGCACCUCCUGGAGCCAGCUCAGUGUGGUCAAGAAAAGUGGUCUUUCUGAGCGGAUGAGUCAGGAGGAACGCAAAAGACAAGAGGCCAUUUUUGAGGUGAUCUCAUCAGAGCACUCCUACCUCCACAGUCUGGAGAUCCUGAUCCGCAUGUUCAAGAACUCUGCAGAGCUCAGAGAGUCCAUUACCAAGACCGAACACCACCACCUCUUCUCCAACAUCACCGACGUCUGCGAGGCUAGCAAAAAGUUCUUUAAGGAACUGGAGGAAAGGCACCAGCAGAACAUCGUGAUCGACGACAUCAGCGACAUCAUGGACAAGCACUCUCAGUCCAACUUCGAUCCCUUCGUGACGUACUGCUCCAACGAGGUCUACCAGCAGAGGACCCUGCAGAGGCUGGUCUCCAAGAAUCCCGUUUUUAAGGAGGUGCUGACCCGGAUAGAGAGCCACCCAGACUGCAGGAACCUCCCCAUGAUCUCCUUCCUUAUCCUACCCAUGCAGAGGAUCACUCGCCUGCCUCUGCUCAUGGAUACAAUUUGUCAGAAGACACCUAAAGACUCGGCACAAUAUGAAGAGUGCAAGAGGGCUUUACAAGCAGUCAGCAAGGUGGUGAGAAAGUGUAAUGAAGGAGCUCGCAGAAUGGAGAGAACAGAGAUGAUGUACACCAUCAACUCUCAGCUGGAGUUCAAGAUCAAGCCGUUCCCCCUGGUCUCGUCCUCCAGGUGGAUGGUAAAAAGAGGAGAGCUGACCGCGUUUGUGGAGGAUAACGGCAUCUUCCUCAAGCGGACGGCGCGACAACAGGUCUAUUUCUUCCUCUUCAACGACGUCUUCAUUGUCACCAGGAAGAAGAGCGAGGACAGCUACGCCGUGAUCGACUACGCUCUGAGGGACCAGAUCUGGGUGGGUUCCUGCCAGCCAGAGGACCUCGCCCUGUCGCCGGUCAGGAGCACCGCCAGCAUGCUGAGCUCACGGCAAGCCGGCGCCAACCACCUUUUCUGUUUGCGCUUCCGCAGCAACCACUCCGGUGAAAAGGUGCCCAUGAUCCUGGGGACGGAGCUGCUGAACGAGCGUGCUCGGUGGAUCAGCGCUCUGGGCCAGAAUGUCAACAACAACAAGAGUCAGGACAGAACCAAUGUCAUGCAGGUGGAGGUGAUCAGAACUUACACAGCCAAGCAGCCGGAUGAGUUGUCCCUGCAGGUGGCUGAUGUGGUGCUGGUCUCGCAGACUGUAGAAGACGGCUGGUAUGAAGGCGAGCGGCUGCGCGACGGAGAACGGGGGUGGUUCCUCGCCGAGUGCGCCCAGCCAAUCACGUGCCAGGCCACCAUCGAGCGCAACAUGCAGAGGAUGGACCGCCUGCAGGGGUUGGAGACGAACGUGUGAGAGCGGAUGAGAGCGCCGCUUCAACCACAGAGGGCUUUUCUCAGCUGGUAGAGAUCCGUUGACUCACCGGUGACCUUCCCUUUUUUUAAGAAGUGAAUGAGUUACAACAUCAGUGACCUGCCUUCAGGGACUCUGAGGGGGCUGGUGGACUGUUUACAGCGGGUUAAAGAUGAAGCCAUAACUCUUUAAGACUUCUUGCUCAGCGUCCAUGAAAUAUCUUAGUUUCAAAGCAAAGCCGGGAACAAACACAGCAGACGAACAGAGAUCUUCUUUAAUCACCGAUCGGCCCCUGUGUGGGUGGGAUCUGUCACAUUCAUUAAUUCACACCCACUGCCGGAGUCACUGCUUUCAACACUCCGCUACAUAACAACUGUUUGUGUGAAAUUUGUAAUUUUUGUUAUUUUUUUUCCCAAACAUAUUGAGUGUAAGGUGAUGUGCGGUGUAAUAACGGAGACCACGGUAUCCGCUAUAGGAGGCAAGGUAGAGCAAAAUAGUGUGAAAAUGACAGCAGCCUGAUAAUGAGGAUCACGCCAUGUAAUUAGAAGCUUUCUGCAACUGUGAAGAUGUUGAUUAUGAAAGUGCUAAUAAGGCAGGACGGUGGGGAUUGGCAGCUUCUUUAAAGUGUGUGGGUUAGUGUAGAAAUCCUGUUUCAUUAGCAUCUGAUGACAAGUUAAAUACAAUAGGGUGUACGUUUGAGUCGCAGAAGAAAAAAACAUGAAUUGUCUUGACGCUUUUGUGUAAAUAAUAGUCCUAAUGAAUUGGAUGAUAAGAAUUACAGUCCUCUGGGAGGUAUAAUCUCAUGUUUCAUCCACAGGUUAAGCACAAGGGCCAGUAUCUGUUCUCCGCCUUGCCGUUUGUCACCGGUUAAUGUCACCGCCGUGAAUCAGACUCUACAUUUGUGUCACAAACGCCGUUUUUUUUUUUUUCUCCCCUAUCCACUCAAUGAGUUUGGACAGCCUGAAAUAUCACGCACACUCGAUGCCAGCCAGGGGGGGGGGUGUAUUUAAAAAUAUCCCCCUCAGGAUUUAUAUCUGUGAUGUUCCAGAGGCAAGCUGAAUUAAUUUGUGCUGCUGCUGCUGAUGGUGCGACCGGAAGAAGAGAGCACCCCUGCUUUUAAUGUGAUUGUCCGACGUGAGUCAUCUUUUUUUUUUUUGUGUUGCCAAGCCGAACUAAAUGGAUGGCUUUGGUCAACGUGAGAUGAUAACACCAUAUAUCAAGCCCAAUGCUCUGGCCCCGGCCCAAAUGACAACCACAAACUGUUGAGCUACACGAAGCGAGGUGUGACGGUUAGCGGGCAGAGCGCUCAGCGGGGAAGGACACGAGAACCCCGGAAGAAGCUUUGCAUUUGCACUCAGGGAAAACUACACAUCUAAGCAUGAAUUGAUCUUCAUUUCAAUCACUUCCUGUACUUUGUAACUAUUGUGAAUAACCUGUGAACAUGUAAAUAUGUAAAACAGCCUGAAUUGUAACAUAUGUUUUUCCAAAAUACAGAUUUAUAUUGCAGAAACUUGUUUAGUCAACCUUGUAUAUUUCAACCAGUCACUAUAAAUAAAAUCUCAAUUGCUUGGUA